AUGCAGACCGCCAUGGCACAGAAGCUGAGCCUCAGCUCGGCACCCACCGCCGCCGUGCGCAAGGCCGGCGCCCGCCGCCUCCCCGCCCUGCGCGUGGCCUCCACCACUCGCUGCCAGGCGAUCGCUGCCAAGGCUGACGAGGCUGUGACCAUCCGCUUCGACGCCUCUGGCAAGCCCGUGGUGUCCGUGGGCUCCGCCGCCCCCGCCCCCGUGAAGGCCGCCGACGAGAAGGCCGAGCUGGCUGAGAUUGCCUCCCUGUUCGACCUGUGGAACAGCACCCUGCAGACCGGUGAGCCCGAGAAGGUGGCGUCCCUGUACGCCCCCGACGGCAUCCUGCUGCCCACCGUGUCCAACAAGGUCCGCACCGACCACGCCGGCAAGGUGGACUACUUCACCGCCUUCCUCAAGCUCAAGCCCUUUGGCGUGAUUGACCAGAGCAUCGUGCGCUUCCUGACCCCCGAGAAGGAUGUGGCCUCCAACUCCGGCAUCUACACCUUCACCCUGCAGAAGGAGGAGGGCCCCGUCAAGGUCCAGGCCCGCUACAGCUUUGUGUACCGCAAGAUCGAUGGCGAGUGGAAGAUCACUGAGCACCACUCCUCUGCCAUGCCCGAGCCUGUGGUUGACCCCCUGGAGGAGGUGGCCGCCCAGUUCGACCUGUGGAACAGCACCCUGCAGACCGGCGACCCCGAGAAGGUUGCCUCCCUGUACGCCCCCGACGGCGUGCUGCUGCCCACCGUGUCCAACAAGGUCCGCCCCGACCACGCCUCCAAGGUGGACUACUUCACCGCCUUCCUCAAGCUCAAGCCCUUUGGCACCAUCAACGAGAGCCACGUGCGCUUCCUGAACCCCCAGAAGACCCUGGCCGCCAACAGCGGCGUGUACACCUUCAAGCUGCAGAAGGAGGAUGGCCCCGCUGAGGUCCAGGCCCGCUACAGCUACAUCUACCGCAAGAUCGACGGCGUGUGGAAGAUCGCUGAGCACCACUCCUCCGCCAUGCCCGAGCCCGUGGCGGCGCCCGCGGCAGCCAAGGAGACGCCGCGUGAGCGCAAGAAGUUCCUGGGCUUCCUGUGA